AUGCGACAGGUGGCGACGCUUCUGCUCCUGCGGGAGCUGCUCCUGGCAACUCGUCGUUGUCGCCGGCCACAUUCAUUUACGACGUUGCGUACGUUCCAACAAACAACACCUCAAACCGUACAGUGCCCGUGCCGCCUCCGCCUUGCCCCUCUCGCCCUUCGCAAAUCUCCCUCUCGCCCCCUCCCCCUGGCCAGCAGGUGCCGGAGGUUCGGCAGCCGCCUCGACAGCAGGCUCGGCAGCAGGCUCACCGCAGGGCAUCGACUACGUAUUCCCAUCAUCCACCCCUUCCUGCUCCUCUGGCCCAUUCGUCUCCAUGCUCUUCAUUCCCCUCAAACCCUCCUGUCCCAGUCCGCCCAACACAAGACAACUCACUGUAAUCACGUAUAA